UAGCUGUUAUGAUAGUAUAGGAUUAUGAAAGUUAGAAAGCAAGCAUAUAUCUGUCCAUAUUUGAUUAAUUGUUCCCAUCAUUGCUAUUGGAAUGAUAGAGUGUAAACUACGAAAUCGCUUUAUCUUACAAAUGGCCCUCUCUACGUGUAUCCGAUGCAUUGCAAUAGUCUGGGUUCUGAGAACAUCUGACUCAGAAAAACUACCUUUAUCUUUCAAGUAUCGUGGAAUGUUGAGACCAAGGCCAAGCUUUCUAAGUUCUUCACCUAUGUUGAAGCCUUUAUUUGCCAUGAUAGUGUCUCCAGGUAGAAUUUCUGAGGUUUGAAGCUUUUGCUUAAGAAUUUCCAAAAAACAACAUCUUCUAACAAUCUCCUUGUCACUAAUUGAUCCUUCAUACAGUUCAGAUACAAACAUCACACCACCUUUUGGAUCCACACCAAUAAGGCAUUUGAGGGUAGCAUGACUUUUAUAACUGCUGUAAGUCUCACUCUGUUUUUGCAAUGAACUUGGAACUUGCAUCCUAAUUUCUGUUGCAUCUAUAAUUAUUAUGUUUUGCCAUAUUUUUUGAUGAAAUCUUUUGGUGCAUUUUGUAGAAUUAUUUCACGAGUUGGCCAUAUUUUUGGGGACCAAAGGAUAACAUACAAAUAAAUUAUACAAGUUAUCAAGAAAGCUGACACAGUGCUUUGGGAAAUAUUAAAGCAUCCUGCCAAGUCUAUAUCGGUUAAUCCCAUGCGCGAUUUCAUCAAAACUAAAAGAAAUUCAUCUUUGACAGACAAUUUAUGAUUGUUCAUGGUGCUUAGCUUCCCUUCCCAGCUUCGGCUUUUCGUGCCGUUAUCAUCAUCCUGGAUAUUUCCCUCGUCAUCAAAUAUAUUUUUCAUAUCAAUUGCCCUUCUAGCAGCUUCUUUGUUCCCCAGUAAACUAGUUUCGUCCUAUCCUGGUUAGGCAGCAAAAAAUUCAAUGUCUCUAUAAAAGGCUGCUCUGAACUAAAUCCAGUAAAAUGGGUGAAUAGUUUCUCUUCCUUUUUCUUCAAAACACACUUUGAAACAAGAUGUCAGAGCGAAAAAGCAUGUAGACAAGGCAACCUGUCUACUUCAUCAUCAAAGUAUUCGCCAAACGUUUGGGUCUUUCUUGAUAACAGCUUCUGCUUUUCGGGAAACAAAACGUCACCUUCCCCUUCGGAGGCAGUGUCGGUAGCUUCUUCAGCCUGUACACGACAACUUUCAAAUUUUUUUAGUGCUUGCCUUGCCUGUUCAACUUCUUCUUGCUGUUCACAGCUUGGAGUUGUCCAUUUGAACCUACUUGGAACUGCAGUUGCCUUUAAACGCUUUACUUUUGCAAGUGGGUCAAUGAAAUCAUUUUUGCUAAAAUGAACCGAACAAAUUUUCAUAUGUUUCCUUAUGGUAAAAAAUCUGGGAUCUUGUUUCAUCUUUGUUAUCCAAAUAUUAAGCCUCUUCUUGUCAUUUAACGGGAAACAAUGAAAUGAAAUAUCUUCAUUGCCAUCUGAGCUAUUGAUGCAUCCUCCAGAACAACAAAAAUGCAGCAUUUUGAACGUAAAUAAGCGCACGCAUGCGAAUAUCUUAGGCCAUUUGAGAAUGUAAACACCCAUUUCAGGUCACGUGACAGUAUAACAACAACAGAGCCGAAUUUGUCUAUUAUUUCUUAAUCCUCUGACGCAUGUUUCUUUUGUUCUAUUGCUCAAACGACAGAGAGAACUUGGACAACCGCGAGGGCCACCAAGCUGCAAGGUAAUCAGAUCCCUGUUUGAUGACCUUUUCGUUGUUUCUGUGACGUAGGUCUUAUUGUGCUGAUGGCUUUUGAACAAAGAGUGCCACGCAGCAACGUAAUCAUUCCGUAGUUUCAUUACCUCGAGAGCAGUUCCUCAUCCUUCUUGAUUAGUAGAGUGCUUACAAACGACUAUCACUGGGGUAUUUUCACUACAUUCUGAGGAAGAAAAUCUGAUAAAUCUGUAAUUAAAAAAGGAUGGUUAGCCAUGCCCCAGAAUAAAAUAAAAAGGAUGAGCCAGUGAGUCUGUCUAUGUGUUUAUUCGUGGAUAUGUGGAUGUAACAACAAAGAAGGAAGGGACAUUUUUUAUCGCUGGUCUCUUUGUGAUGGAUGGUUUAUCAACGGUGCGUUUAAAAUUUAAUAAUUUAUUUCAGGAAUAUUUGCCAUCUAGGGAAGUUUUAUUUUGAUAAAAAAUUGAAGAUUAAACAAUUUGAAGAGACUUGUAGUAAAUUUAAAAAACCUUUCAAAAAAUACUAAUAAGUCUUCUCUUGGAAAAUUAUUGUCCAGUAAAUGCGCAGAAUCGUUUAUCCUGGACAAAUAAGUCUGCAUGGAAUCUUUGCGUAGUGAUUCCUCAUCAUUCCUUUCAAGGUAAGCAAGUCCACUUUUGAUUACCUUGCCUUUUUUAAGGCUCACGAAAAUGGGCCUUUGGCCGAUUUGAAUAGGUCUGUUAUUUCAGAAUCGUUUACAGGCUCAAAACCCGUGGCAUGAACUGUCAUCCGUUCACUGCAACUCCGAAACAGUACCUCAAGGCAUUUGGUUGUUGUGUUGUGCAGCGGAAUAUUCUGUGGUUGUAAGCACAGAAUGGGAACUCAGACAUUAUGUAAAUAAUCAAGAUCGAACUUAAAUAUGUUGGAUGUUUAAUGAUGAUUCUUUAUGUACAUUUUAGAUGAAAGAGCCUUUUGUACUAAGAAGCUAUCAUGGUUUAUUUCGACAGGGUACGAAAUGGCAGUCAUCGAGCAUCCCAAAACCAAAUUCUACCCAACCGCACAGCUAGGUUAUAUCGAUGUUCCUUGUGCAUUAGAGAGGUUGUUAGGUACAAAAAAAUGCAUCAAGAUAUGCAUAAAUGGUUCAUUAUCACAUUGAUAAUGUUGUAUAUUUAUCCGCACAAGGAAAAGCAAGAGGGAAAUUGGUUUCGAAAUUGCUAAAACAGUUGAACCAUCAAGCAUACAAUUCUUCACUAUUCUUAGGGUUUUUGAAAAAGUGUGGUCCUGAAAUUUUUUCCGCGUACUCCAUCCCCGGGCCCCCUGGUGGAUUCGCUCGCUUUGCUCGCAAGUAUUUGAUUACCUACUUUGCAACGCUUCGCGCCGCCCCUGCUCAUAGAUUAACUUUGUAAAAGCUAUAUGGUCCCUUUAAAACCUUUUUGGCAAGGUGUUACAUAUAUCCUUAAAAAAAUGGUUUUUCCUUCAUGAAUUUACAUUAUGGACAGGCCAGCACAGAAAGGAGCCACUGUUUGUUAGCUUUUGGAUAAUUCUUACUUUUGAAUUCUUACUUUUCAAACAAAUCUAUAUCAAAUUGUAGUAAGCCUAUACAGCUGAAGUAAAAGUUUAAAUUGGGGAAAACCAAAUUUGACAAUAAAGGAGGGUAAGGGUGGCAUUUUAAGUUGCAUAUCAUAUAUUUAUGAUAGUUGAAAAAGUCUUAUUAGACUAUUCCAGAUUUUUGUCUUAUAAACCUGACCAAUCUAGAAACUGUAUUGAAAUAAUUUUUAAUAAACAACAGAGUUUAAAGUCUGUAGGGGAAAGUUCACAUAUUCUGCAGAACAAUUAUUUUGCAGCUGAUAAAGAUAGGAACAAUCGAAUAAUGUGUUGCGUUAUCAAUGAAAACAACUUCAUUAGCCAAACCAUUAGACGAGUAAACAAUUCAGGAAGAAAAAUAUAUUUUCAUACUAGCAGUUCAGCAUUCAGUUCAUCGGUAUUCAACAUAGGAAUCAGUCGCCCGUUAAUCUCUUACAAAUGCAAAUUCCGCUGAAAUUGGUUUAUUCUCUAACUCCAAAAUUUCAAUCACACGACAGUAAAUUCAAUUAUGCUUUCAUCGUCCUUGUCCAAGUCUAAGAAAAUCUUAUUUCAUUUAUGCCACCAUGAUAUACUGUGCCUCAAAUGAUCGUACGAAGGCCAAAAUCAGAGUGCCUCAUACAGCCAAUCCUUGUUGUUUACCAUUUCUUUCUCCCGAACUUUGGACUCUGUCUUGUUACAAAUAAAAUUUAUGCAGCUGAACUGAGACAAGUUUUGCUGUCCAAAAUAAUAUCAUUGGUAUUGCAUAAGGAAGCAGGAAAUCCACAUUCUCAUUGCCCCGCCAUAAUACUUGAACUGGCCUCCUUGCUAGUGUCUCAUAGCAAAACAAGAAUGCACAGGGCAAUUUUUGCAGUCCUCCUCUCGGAGAUAGCAGGAACAAAGGUUUUCAAAACAAUGCUCUUUGACCUAACUAGGUGACCAAUCAAAUCACUACUGCUUACUAAAUGUUAUGAUGAUCAUUUCGAUGAGGUCCUGCUCCCCAGAUUGAGCAGGACUGCUUUUUGUUCUAGACUAUUGUGAAGCAGGACUAAAUUUACAAAAGCCCAUUGUGAAGCAGGAAAAAACAUAGGGUAUCAUAGUUAUGAGCAAGACCCAAAUACAGGGUUGCUGUAAAAAAGAACAGGACCUUGAGAUUAGCACAGGAUGCCUGUAUCAGCUGGCAGAACUGGGGACUGUUUAUCAAAUAGAUUUUGAAACUUCCUUUUGCAAAGAAGAAUUUUUUUAUUGUUUACAUUAAAUCUUAUCUUUGGAAAUUAUUGGACCUGCUGAGCAGGACCAGCAGAACCUUAGGCUUUGCGACUGCUUCUAGAUGAACUAAGGCAAAACUGCUUGAAGGUUAAGCAAGAGGAAGUGAAGAGAGGCAGUUGAUCGAUGAUCAGAUGAUACCAUACAAAGGUAGGUGUUCUGGCUUGAGGCAGUAUUGCCCCAAAAAACCUGUAAAAUGUGGCUGCAAAGUUUUUACCAGGAAUGGUUUCUAUGUGGGUGCAAAAAACCCACUACUGAAGCAUCAAAGAACAAUGCAGCAGUAGAUGAAUCAUUUGGAUGUAGUGGAGGUGUGGUUUUGAAGCUGUGUAACACACUAGACAGCAUAAAAUGGCUACAAGCUCUACAUCGAUAAUUAUUUUACUUCAUUAGAGCAAAUGGUAAAAUUAUAAUAAGAGGGAAUUUUGGCAAUUGGCACCUUGAGAGCAGACAGGAUGAGAGACAGGAUGAGAUGAGAUACUAGAGCCAGAAAAGGUUUUGAAGAAAAAAGGAAGAGGGAGCUAUGAUUUCAAGGUUGAUGCUAAUUCAGGGCUCUAUGUCCUCGAAUGGUAUGACAGCAAAGUUGUCAGGGUUGUGUCAUCAUAUUGUGGAGCAACUCCAACUUCAUAUGUCCAGAGGUGGAGUAAGAAACAAAACAAAUUUGUUGCUUGUGAAAGGCCUUUCAUGAUUUCAGAAUACAACCAAAGCAUUGGAGGUGUUGACAAAUUUGCUAUAUUGAUGUCCUUCUACUGUAUUGACAGAAGAAACAAGAAGUACUGUAUACUAUACUGGGCGUAUAGUAUACUGGGCAUUGCAGCUCCCAUGCAUCAAUGGUUGGUUGCUUUACAACAGAUAUAUGAGCCACAAAAACAAAGACCAGAGUAGAACACAGCAAAGGAAAAACAGCUUGCCACUUGUAGAUUUUCUUCUAUGUGUUGCCGAGUCAUUGCUCAAAGUUAAUAAAGUUUUGUCAAGGAAAAGAGGAAGGCCUUCCAGUAGCCCACAGUCCAUGGGGACUCCACAAAGAAGGCAUCGUCCAGCCUGUGUUUCCUACAAAAUAAUGUCAGACAAGAUCACCUUGACCAUUGGCCAGCCUCUGGCAAGAAAAGUAGAUGCAGAAAUUGCGAGAAUAAGAGAGCAAAGGACAAAACAGUCAAAGAAGCAAAGACGAGAGUUUGGUGCACCAAAUGCAAUCUUGCCUUGUGCCUUACUAAUGAGAAAAACUGUUUAUAGAAUAUCAUCGCUUUGACUUUCUUGUACCUUGAUAUCAUUCUAAUCCAUGUUUGUGAUUUUAACAAUUGUUUUUGGUCCUAAAUGGUCCCAAAGGAAAUUUUCUCAGGUUUGGAAGAGUGCAUGAUGGAAAUGUGCUUUUAUCUGUCUCUUUCACCCAUCUUUCAUCAGAAAAUAUAUAACAAGAUUUGAAAAGGGGAAACCAUUUUUCAGCUACAUCCAAUUUUGUUUUUCGAAAAUAUAGUAGAGAUGUUUUAUAUUUGGUCUUUAUUUGAAUUUUCUAUAUUUGGAAUGUUUUGAUGAUAAUUUAUAAUUAUGAGUGUCAGGAAAUAUUCUUUUUUUAUUCUGUCUCAGAACCCUUCAAUAGGUGCAAGGCACUACCAUAAGUGCAGCAAACAUCAAAUGAUUAUCCUCCUUAGGUUGCCUUGCAAGAUCAAAGUAAAAAGCUGGCUGUCAAGAGAAAAAAGCAGGAAAGAGGUCAAAAUAUGGAUUUCAUCGAUUGAUUCAGACAUUAAUGAAUCAGAUUGUUAAGAAAAAAAAUAACCAUGAAUAGUUAACAACAUUUCAUGUUUCCACUGUUGGAUUAUUACAAUUAUCAGGAUAAAAGUGUUGGAUUAUUACAAUUAUCAGAUCUUUAUCACAAUAAUCGCCCAGUGAAAACCAGGCUUUAGGUCCCAGCCACCGAAUAAUGUGUUCAUGUUGUUUUUAUGUAUGUUUCAACAUAAGCUAUAGAGGAAUAUUACCAUUUUUAUUUUUGUGUAAUCUGUUCUGAACAAAGCUAUGUGCAUCCUUAGAGCGGAGAAACAUAUACAUCCGACACAUCAAAUAUAUUACCUCGAGGCAAUGCUUUGGCUGGCACCAUCAUUGCAGGGGUAUGGAAGGAGAAAUUUUCAACAUCUUAUCAGCCGAAUACCAUCUCCUUCUAAAAUUUCAUCUUGAAAAAAUUCAAAAGAUGAGUCCAUAUUCUUGAUGUUGAUGAUUUGACAUGUCUUUGUGCCACAAAUACAUUUUUAAAACUCUCAAAAAUUUGAUGUGCUUGGACAUUCUUCCACAUUGGUCUAUCUAUUUUAUGGUCUUUAUCAUUGGGUGCAUAUAAAAUGUUUUCUCCCUCUAAAAUUGCUACUUGUUUGGGGACCUCUUCAGACAAUUGUUUCUACUACUUGAUUUUAAUCGCAGGUCAUUUAUACCCAGUGUUCGUGAGAAUAAUGAUGGUCUUCUGUGAUUUCAUGAACUUUGGUGUGAGAAUUUUAAUAGUAGAUCGCAAAUUUCUUUGGCUGGAAUUUCAUAAAUUUCUUUUAUCUCAAUAUCUCACUAAGGUGAUCCACUUUCUUGUGCAAAAAUGUAUGAGAGACAACAAGUUUUUAUUGAUUUUAGCCUUUUUCAUUUCCAAUAAAAUAUGAAAUAUAAUAUCAAGCAAGGGCCCCUGCCCCACUUUUCACCAUGCUACUGCAGAGAUUUUCAAAUAAAUAUUUCCAAAAAAAAUUACAGGUGGCCUUGAUUCCAUCCAACACAAAAAGGUUCUCUAUGACUUCCAACAGUCCAUCGAUGUUUUGUUUCUUUCUCUUAAACGCACUUUUUAAACACUGGCUAUCUUCGGUUAGCAUCGCGUUCACUCUUCACUGAAACUGACACGAUUCUCUUCAAACUGCAAAAAGGGGUUUCUACUUGAAACUCUUGUUCCAUUGAGUGGUAUUGAAAAUUCACAGUUGCAACUUUGCUAGUUGCCCUUAAAAUACUUUGAUUAUUCUUAGCAUAGAGACUACUAAAUUCCUUGUGAAUUUUUCUUAGAAAAAAGAGCAAAUAUUGGCUUACAAAUAUUCUGGUGUUUUAAGCUGCAUUUUUGAGUGUGCUCCACGACAGAUCAUUGAUCCAGCAGAAAUAUGAUCAUUAGGCAAGCUGAUCAUUGAUCAUUAGGGUUUGAAGAAUUUUUCCAAUCAAUGAUAUCUUUCAAAGACAGGACCACCCGGAUUUAUCUGAAUUUGGGUCUCCAAAAAACCAAAAAGUGCAUAAAGGCUUGCAGAGCUUCAAAGAUUGAGGAACGAAAGCGAAAAAGCAAUGAUGGUGCAAAUCCAGACAGGAAGUUUAAGCAACCUUGAUGUAUCAGAUUUUUUAAAAGAGAAAACAUUGCUAGAAGCACUGAACUUCUUGCAGUAGCAAAUGGCAAAAGAGAAUCUGGGAAAAAAGAUCUUGCAGCUUCUUUAUUAUCACGGACACCAAAGCAGGUAGAAGAUCUUAUUGGCACAACAUGGUAGUUGGUAGAAGCGAGCAGUGACCAAUAGAAUGGAGCUACUGGAAAAAGCUGUUGAAGGAGAUUGUGCUGCAAAAUGUAAAGGAGAGUGGCUUCAGUGUGCAUUGGAAGUUUUAAGAAACAACCACAUACACCCUUAUGUAUAUGCAGCAUCAUUAAGAGAAUUGCCAGAGAAGGGGCAUGGAAAAUCUAGAAACAAUUAUUAUGGGACCAGCAAAUUGUGAAAAAUCGUUUAUGCUUAAACCAUUUCAAGGCAUAUACAAGGUUUUUAGCAAUCCAUGUUUAAGCUAAAGAUAAAUAUGCAUGGGUAGGCGCAGAAAGUGCAAAGGCCAUUUUCUUAAAUGACUUCAGUUGGUCAUCUGAGUUGAUAACUUGGCAAAAUUUUCUUCUGUUGCUCGAAGGAGAAACUGUUCACUUGCCUUCUCCGAAGAAUCAUUUUGCAAAAGAUGUUUGCAUCACCAGGGGCGAAUCUAGAAAGUAUUCUGACUGUCGCACACAAGGGUGUGGUGGGAAAUAUCAUUCUUGACCACACCCAUAGUUUUUAAGGAUAUUCGCCCCCUUCUCAUUUGAGCCAUCGACAAGCACAUUAAAUUGGCUUUAUUUAGAACAUUGUCAAACUGUUGUUUAUUCCUUAUCUGAGUUUUCAAUUGAUACUACAGAAUCAUUUGUGUUGUUUCUUAGCCAAGCAUAAAGCAAGAAACAACUUGAAAUUCUUAAACGUAUUGACACGGUUUUCCUUUCAUAAUCAGGCAAACAUUCGAGUCGUCUCUCGAUUUGUUUAUGGUAUACGAUGACAAACCAGGCCACGCAAAAAAUGAAAAAUAUCAUUACAAUGAAUUUUCAUAACUAACAAAAUAGAACAAAGGUACACAAAUAUUCAUAAAAACCUGCACUAAUAACUAGUAUUUUUAAUAGCUAAACCAAAUCAGCGUGUAAACAUGUAUUUUACUCCGAAGAAACCCCUUCAAAUUCAGGGGAAUACCAAAGCAAGUAAACUUUACCCGGAAAUAUCACUCUGCCAACGUCCUGAAUAUUAUUUAUUCACCAGAGCCAAAUCGCAGGUAUCACCCCAGUCCAGGGCAUUUAUUGACAUUUGUAGGCCCUUGAUCCAUGGAGGAGGUAAUGAAUGUUGAAACAUUGAAAACAUCCCGUGUCCAAUGUUACUCUGAAAAUCUAGCAACCUUUGUCUUCCAAAUUAUCCGGUUUAACGUACUCAUUAUACAUGUAGCCAGUCGACUCCAUAACACAAAAUUCCUUUUCGCCAGUGAAAAAAUUCGCCAUGCUAAACAUAAAUAAGCUCAAAACUGUACAAAGCAAGCAAUGAGGACGGAUUAAUCUUUGCCCAGUGGUGCGACCUUACUAAAAAAACAUACUGUGCACCGAAGUUUGCACUAUCUAGCAAUUUCAUUGGUUAAAUAUUUUAAAACAAAAGCUGUGCGAAUCGGUGCGAACGUGCUAGUAAUCAUACUGUGCACCGAAAUACCCUAAUCUAACUACAUUGGUACCCUGUUGUUUUUUAGUCAGGAUGCUUUGAGAUUUGAAUCAACAUAACAUGACUGCAACAUUUCCUGCACUUAACCACACGUAACCCCACACUUAACCAUAUGACACUAUGAGAGUAAGUACCAGAGAAUGACACAAAACCACACGUAACCAUCAGUUAUUAAAAAAUAUGUAUAGACCUUUCUUAAUUUGAAAAUGAUGGUUACUGAUGGAAGAACGACAAAACAGUGUAGAAUUAACAAUGCUGUCAAAUAUUUUAUGGUUACAUGUAUGGUUAUGUGUGUGGUUACAUGUGGGGUUACGUGUGAGCAAUUUUUUAAAUGGUGAAAUACAUGAGCAGCUUCUACAUCACAUAGCUGUGUUUGAAACGUGCUUAUAGCUUUGUUUUGUUUUGAAUACCUUAUCUUUACCAACAUAUUACAGUCAUAUAUCACAAAAUUUUAUAAUUCUUUAAAUGUUAAUACUUUAUUCUGUCACCUUUAUUUUUUAUUACCUUGUCUAAUCUUUUUGGCAUCGAUUCUAAUUGAUCGGUCAAUCACGUCGCUGGGAAAAUCCAUCAUAGUUUGCUUUAUAUAGUUACAAAAUUCUCCAAAAGUCUCUUUCAUGAUUUUUCAGUGCAUCCUUUUGAAGCUUCUUACCAGUGAAAAAUGUUUUUGAUCGGGUUUGGGUCUUGAGACCGAGCAUGGAUUUCAAGAACUUUGCAUCCAAUUGAAUCAACUCCUCCAAGUGCUCUCUUGCUGUUUUUGUUAGGGUCCCCAUCUUGAAAAAAGAGCUUCCCUCUUGGAUUGGCUGAGACCUGAAACAUGCCAGGAAAAUGCUCUCUGAUAAGUUUAUAACAUAAAUUGCCAUUUAUAGGUGAAUUAUACUGAAUUCAUGAUAUUGCAUCUCUUCCAUAUGAAAUUGCUACCAUGAACCUGACCAUUCUAUUUCCUGAUCCUUCUCUUUUGCCCCUUUCCAUGCAGUUUAGGCUCAGACUUGCAUAACGUUUCUUCUUCCAUGUUCAUGUUAGUGUUUGUGCCGUUAUUACUGUUUGACAGGGUUUGUCUUGUGCACCAAACCGAUUCCAUCAAAAAAAAGGUUACCCCCUACUUUCCAAAACUUUCAGGCAACUUCUGACAUUUCCGAGCAAACUGCAAUCUCCUCUUAAGAUCUUUCUGUACCAGUUGCCCCUUUUUCCUGCACUGUGUGUAAGAGUAUCCUUCUUUUCAUAAAGCUUGACAUACAUUUCUAUUACUUAUUUCCUGUUCUAUAAUGCCAACAUUCCUUUGAACAUUUUUAGAGGUAAAAUUUCGAAACGUUUCUCUCAAUUUCUUAAGACUACUCGACAAUUUCCUAACAUAUCAAGGAAUGAGCUUGGCAUGCCUAUUCCAUUCCAUCUUCAAUACCCCGAAAUUAGAAAACCAUUUGAAUCAGGGCAUUGUCAAGCCAACAAACCAGCACAGUAUUGGAAUUUGCAUCAACACAAUAAUAAGUUGAGCCACGCCCCUCAAGUUCUAAAUCUUUCUUACUUUUCAGGAACCUUCAAGUCAGUUGGAGCGAUUCGUGCCAAGAGACCAUCUUCUUUCAAGUGCUGUAGACGGUUUAGACUUGUGAACAGAUUGUCAAAGUAGACUUUAUGUCCUGAAUGCUUUGACAAAUGCUCAACAAGCCUGGUAACAACCACCCCUACCUUUCCAAAUUCCUUGUUCUCUCUACCUGCUUACCUGUUUAUACUUCAAAGUCAUAUGAAAUCCACCCAUCCCACAUCUGGCCCAAACUUUCAAGCCCUACUUGUGUGGUUUCUUUGGCCAGUACUGGCGAAGUGAAGAUUUUGCUUUCGUAUUCAUUAUCUGCUCAUAUAUUGAAUGAGACUCUUCAGGACUCAGGGCUCUGCAUUUUGAAAGCAGGCUUUCAAUCACGGGGCAAACUUUGUAAAACUUGUCAAACCUAGCAUCACCAUGAGUUGGGAUUGCAAGGUUGUCAUUUACAUGAAAAAAACGUUUCAGCUUUUGAAACCUUGCUAAAGGCAUUUUGAAGUAGCAACACAUGAUAUUGUUUCUUGAACAGAAUAAAGGUUUGUUUGGCCAACAUCAUUGAUAUUGACCCUAAGAUGGCGGCGAGAGGUGCAUUAUUCGCGCUCAUCCUGAUAAUUGUCUACACCUAAAAGCUAUGAAUUCAAGUUAUGUUAAGAUUGGAUGGCAAGCAGCAAAAUAACAACCUUAGUAACUUAUGGAACCCAAACAUGUGCGCCCAGUGGAUGAAUAUCUUGCGAAAGAAAGGAUUUUUUGAGUAGGGUAGGGUGGCUGAAGCAAGUUAAAGCUUCAUAAUUUGUCAUUUCUUUAUACAAAAGGUUUUCCAGUUGGAAAGGGAAGCAGCCUUCUCAAUUCCUCCGCUCCGCUGUCGAAGAAGGUUCCCUUGUUGCUGAUCUUGUGUCAUCAAAUGUACAGAUCAGAGGCAAGCGGACACAUAAUAAAUCGUUUAACACUUGGAGGAAGAUUUCUCACUGGUUACGAGCUAUUUUGGGCUUAUUCACAAAGCUCUGCAAAAAUAUAUUUAUAUAUUUGCACGACCCAGUGGUAGGGACGUGUUCAAAUGCAGUCUCAAUGCUAAGGGAGGAAAAUGCGGAAAGAGCGCAAGGAACAAAAAUUGCUACUCAGACGCAAGACAAAGGGACAUGGCAGCAAGAAGAAGGAUAUUUAGAGGAGCAGGAGGCACCAACAGGAUGGAGUCGCACGUCAGAAUUGGAGACAAUUUAAGAAUUAUUAUACAGAAUUAUUGCCGAAAAGACGCCUAUGAAUGCGGAAUUCCAAGACAGAAAGUGCCAAGAAUCUUCAAGCUGGUCCAUUUUAAAUCUGAGCAACGAGAAUGCGAUGUCUUUUCCAGUCAGACUAUUCCACCAUACCACAUUCUACAGAAUUGGAAUCUACAAUUACUGCCGUACUGCGAGCUCGCAAAAGGUUUUCACUACAUUGAAACUUCACAAGAUCGGUAUGGUCUCUGGGCAAUUAAUAAUGCACUGCUCUUAGAUAGAGCCAGAAGCAUCAAAGCAAGCGUCGAGAAAGAAUUGGACUGGUUUGCAGAGCCAUUCUUAACACCCAAGUCCGUUACGAAACAACUGCCUACUGCAAGUAUAAACAGUUUUAAAUCGCUUUUACUUUCACAUCCCUGUGGAUUAACGCUCUCUGAACAUAGGAUGAAUCCAAAAGAACUUGCUUUCCUCUGCUGUGACAGAUGUAUAUCUUGCGAUCAUGUACUUUGGACAGUAAAUCAGCUGAAUAGGCAACAGGUCUCUGUAUACUGCAUAUAUUUGAACUAUGCCAUGAGCAAUCCUGAAAGCCUUAUUGCAAAGAGAUUUUCCGGUAACAGACCACUCCUGGCAUCCAUUGUCUGCAUUGUUAAUGUUGGCAGAGAAGCCAACGGAAAAGUAUUUCUUGGGAGUGAUGGAAAACAAGGAAAUCAUUGGGCUACUAUCUACGUUGAUCCAUCUAAUAAGCGUAUCACAUACUGUGACUCACUCUGUUGGCCUCCGCCUGAAAAAAUGUAUCAACGAGAAAAUGUGGUAUACAAAGGAAUGUAUGAAUACGAUAUGGUAGGAUUUACAGUCAUCGGAGCCCAUGACUUCACUCAGACUCCAUCUGGCAGUCACCUGUGCAACAAAUUUACUUGUGCGACAUACUUUCCUUUUCAGACAUGUGCCCAAGUUUGUGGUGUUGCCGCCAUAGUUGUAGCCGCAAUAGCAACUCUUUCUCAGCCAUUUUUUUGAUACAUUACAACUGUCCACCAUAGACAUUUGCAACACGUCCCAAAGCUAUAUAUCCAGCAGCCAAGAAGGUCAUGGAUUGGAUCAGAUUUGAUUGAUAUCAGCCUUCUCGUUCCCCAAGUUGACACUUUAGAGGCAAAUCUGAAUCACCCAUCCAACGCUGAUUCUGACAAAGAUGAAGACAUAGUGCGAAGAGCAAAUAUCCUAGAAAUCAAGCAAGCAAACAUUAAAUCAGAAAUAAUUGAUGUUAAAGUGUUUGAAAAUGCAAAAGAAAGAGAAAAAUCCACGGAAAAGAGGGAUCCUAAACAGUUUGCAAAACAAGGUUUCAAAUAAUCAAGAUUUGCCAGCCAAAAAACAUACAUGCAGAAAGGAUCAAACCUUAGCCGACACAUUUUAAAAGUCCAUCCAAAUUCGAAUAUGACACUUGGAAAUGCACAAGAUGGUAACUGUUGUUGUCUAUCAUGCAAUUAUCGUUGCAGACGUAUUUUAGACCUCCGAAAGCAUUUGACAAGAGUGCACAAUCAAGUUUUCAGAACCAAAAGCCUCUCCUUUAGCAAUAACGAACGUAAUCUCCAAAAUUAUUUUAAUGGUUUUAUCCUUAUCCUCAAUUCUAACUUAAAGCAGAGUUCUUGACGCUGCCUGAAUGAUAUCUAAGUCUCAUGAAGAAUAUAUAUUAGUUAGAUGUGUCUUCAAGUGACUUUUUUGGUAACAGUAUCUCCUUUGCCUAACGACAGAAGCAGUUUAAAGCAACCCGUUUGUCAUUUAAAACAGUAUGUUGUAGUAUUCACAUUUUGUAACACUCUUAACAUGUAUAUGAUUGAAGAAAACGUAUACAGAAACAACAAAAUUUAUAUUGAUAUAUUUGAUUAUAUUUACCUUCUUUGUAGAUUUCGAGGAAUGGAAAAACAACGUCGAGGAGCAAGAGUCGUGCUCGUUCUCAUCCAUAGGGGGAUCUAAAACAAAAGAAGGCUCUACAUUUACCUAUUUGCAAUGUAACCGUAGUGGAUCUUACAUUCCAGCCAGAAAAAGCAAAAGGUGACAGAAGUUCCAAGGUAUCUUCCUUUUCAUAAAGCAUUCCCUAAACGACUUAAUGCCAUCAGCAGUAACCUAUGGCCAAGAAACAUAUUCCGGCCCCAUGACACUACGUAUGCCAUUUCUUGCUGACCCAGCAUAACUUAAAUUCAUUGAUUUUAACUUUAAAUUUAAUUCAAUCUAAAUGACCUAGCAUCACUUAGAAUUCAAUUAAAAGGAUGAUCAAAUAUCUUGCUUUCGCAUUUAUCAUGAAUUAAUAUAUUUCAGAAAAUAUUUCAGGAAGCAUUGUUCAGUGAAUUUCUGCCCGAGGAGUGAGAUGGGGUGUUGUAAAGCAAUUCAAACCUAUCGGAGUAUUUUGAGGCUAGCAAAUAAUUAACUCAGGCUGCUUCUAAACCAGACUGACUUCUCACCAAUAUAAUAAAUUCGAUAUUUUGGAUAGAUCAACGCAAAUCUUUAUAACCUAGUUUAGUAUGAGAUUGAUUUAUGAUGAUAGGUGUAUGAGAUCGAUUAAGGAUGUUUUCGGUUUAAAUAAUUGGGUCUAACAAUUUAGACUAGGCAUGCAUGCACCAAUUCAAUAGAAUUGACGCAAAAAGAAUGCUUUUUUCCUCUUUAGGAACCUGCAAGAUAGAAACAAAUUGCACUUCAACAAUGAAAGUUACAAAAAACGCAGAUUCGACUAUCAUUGUUGAAGUAUGUUAUACACACUAUGGGCAUCAAAAAGAAUUGCAGCACAUUUGGCUUUCAAAAGCCAGGCGACAGGAAAUUGCAGCAAAGCUACAGCGUGGGUAUCAAAAGAGCGGAUUUUGGAUGAUAUUCAAAAUAGUCUUGGUGCAUCCCUAUCGCGCCAUCACCUUGUUGAAUCCAGGAACAUAUUAACAACGAUCAUGACAACGAUCAGCAAAGCGUAUUUGCAUGGAUAAAGGAAUGGGAAACAAGUGACUCAAACCCAGUCCUGUUUUAUAAAUUGCAAGGAGAAGAAUGCCCUGAUAUAUCAUUGUCACUAUCGAAGAAUGACUUUAUCGUCAUCUUACAGACAGAAGAGCAGAAGCACCUUGCAAAGCAGUUUGGUCACAAAGGAGUUUGUUGCGACUCAACUCACGGAACAAAUGCUUAUGACUUCUUCUUAACAACCGUGUUAAUAGUUGAUGAAUUUGGAGGUGUGCCAAUAGCAUGGUGUAUAUCUAACCACGAGGAUUACAACAUAAUGAAAAUAUUUUUUUCAAAGGUGAAAGAUAAUGUUGGCUCUAUAUCUCCGGCUUGGUUGAUGUCAGAUAUUGUGACACAGUUUUAUGACGCCUUUGUAGCUGUGAAUGUAUGCCAAGUAUAAAGUCUCCGAGACAAGAAAACCAGACAUCAUCCUUUUGCUGUUGAUGUAUAUAUGUAAAUAACACAACAAGUAUCACAUUAUAACAGUUGCAAAGCAAACAGUCUCAGUCAGUCUCUGCAGUCCCUCCUUCUGCCUUCCUCCUCCUCUUCCAACAACAACAACCCAAAAAUGGCGGACACAACACCAAGCAAAGAAGCUCCUUUGCACAUGGAAUGUAGAUAAAGCUUGGCAAGAGGCAAUACGUCAAAAGAUAAGGAACGUCGGGAAACAGGCAGAUGUGUACACAAUGAUGAGAACUGUCUUGGAAGAAACUGACAAGGCAACAUUUCAAGAUCGUUUGAGCACACUUGUUACUGGACUUGCAUCCUCGCAGGAAACACGUAGCUUUUACGAAUAUUUCAAUAGUUACUGGGCAAGCAAAACAAGCAAAUGGGGAUACUGCUACAGGCUACGAGAGGGUAUAAAUACCAACAUGUUCGUUGAAGCGUUUCAUAGGGUAUUCAAAUACAAAUACCUACGCGGCAAAUCCAAUCGUCGACUAGACAACUGCCUGUUUCACCUUCUCAAGUAUAGCCGAGACAAAUGCUUUGAACGUAUUAUAAAGCUCGCCAAAGGAAAGUCAAGCAAACGCAUUAACAUGAUUCAUGGCAGACAGAGCCUCGAACUGUCCUUCAAUAGAAUAUCAUCGACAGAGUCAAGCACAGUUUGGAAAAUACAAUCUUCUGAAGGUGCCGAGAAGUACAGCGUAGAAAAGAUAGACGAAGAGUGCGAUGUUCAGGAAUGCAUGCUACGGUGCCACGAAUGUAAAAUUUGCUGCCACAUGUUCGUGUGUAACUGUCCUGAUUCCCUGAUAACGUGUCAUCUCUGCAAGAAAAUAUAUCUUCUCCAUAGGUACCUACAAGAAAAAAGUAGCAAUGAUAUGGUAUCAAGCAACUGUGAAUUUGAGAAUGGCCAAAAUGAAUCAUAUGCCUCUACAGAACUUCAAAAUGCUGUAAAGAUGAUUGCAAGAAGUAGCCAAGAAGCAGAUUUUGAAAGAGUGAAGACUAAUACAAAUGGAAAACUGAAGCUAAUGCAGCAAGCACUGGACAGAAGCACACGAGAGGAUGUAGAAGCAAUUAAACAAUUAAGUGCCCACCUUACAGCUGCUCUCAGCACGUUCCAGUCACUCGUCAAAAGAAAGGCAACAAAAAUUUCACUAAAGGGCAAAGAGCCGCCAAAUAAAAAAAUUGCAGUUCAAAGAUUUUUCUCCACUAGAAAGAAGAAGAAAAUGACCAAAAGAAUACGGUUUGCAAAACAAGAUAGGAAAGUCAUGGAGAAAAUAAAUGCAACAUUCACAGAAGAGAUGAUCAGCAUCAAAGGUCAACAGAGAGGUGGCCCUAACAUACCUGCGAGAAAUAUUUUAUGAUACCAAAUGCAAGAUUUCAAAAGGUGAGGUUGUGCGUAUUUCAGGUUGGACCUUUGUGGCAACAUAUUUCAGUACAUUAGAAUGGAAACAAGAGAAGUCAUUUCUCAAUUUCAAUAGAAGAAAAAACUAACAAAUUUUUCAGGUUCAGACAAAUUCUAAAAUAAAAAUUUCUGCUCAUUAAAGAUAAUUUACAAUUUCUUUUAGAUACAUUAAAAUUAGAAAGUAGGACAUCAAUCAUACUGUUAAGUGAUUUGUUGCAACAUGAAAUAUCUCUUUCUCAAGCUUGAGUUAAUGGUCAUCGCUAUUAUCAAACAUAUUGCCAAUUGGUAACUGACAAAACAUAUACCUAAUAGCGAGGAAAUUUGAAGGCAACAAAUCACACUUCAAUAUUGAUAGUUAAAUUAGAAAGAUAACAUUGUUCCUUGUUUUUGUACAGGAGUGAGGGAAGUCUUCAAUCUUUUUGGUGUCUCAAAUGAGAAGUUGAUGUCAUCCUAUUCUAGAGGCAGAAAAUUGACAGUGUCCGAUUUCAUACUUGAAGAGGAUGAAACUCUCCCUGCUGAAAUCUUGAAUCAUGAUAUCUCCUUGAUGUAUCCAUUUGUUACUGAAGAAACUGUCAAUAUAGUUUCUAGCAUGGGUAUGAUGCUUGCAUAUAAUACAAAUAUGAUUAUGAUACAAUAUAUGAUUGGCUCAAGCAUGCUUAUGUGUAUGUUGUUAGGCAUAAUUUGCUUGCAAUAUUUCUUAUGAGAAACAGAUACUCCUAUAUCCUCUUGUUCACUCUGUUGCCCCUCAAUGCACGGUAAAAACAAGUUGUUCAUUUAUUUGUAGGUAUAUAUUUUCCUUGAAAUUAACAUCUAAAUACUACUUUGGGAACUUCUGUUAUCAAGAUAAUUGGUAUAAAUGCAGAAAGCAGCCACUUUUUAUGUAUAAUAUCUUGCAUAGAAAAGAUAAUGAUGGAAGGCUUACACAAAUUGAUAUUUUAUUUGAUUUGCGUCCAUAAAGUGACAGAUGUGGCUACUUCCUCUAACUACAAUGAAAAGCUAAUAUCAAAAAACCCACACAACCCUUUUUGGCAACACAGUUAAACAGUAUGUACUGAAGUUGUCCAAUACUGAAGUUGUAAAAUGUUAUUUUUGUAACUGGGCUAGAGGUGCUAGCUUCUAGCUACAUGUAAUGCAUUUUGAUUCUCUUGAAUUUCUCAGUUGAUGACCUGAAGGAUGACUGGAUGUGUGUUACUUGCAAAAUUUCUGUUUAUGAAAACAUGAUUGCCUGUGUUUAUUGUGAGCAAUGGUAUCACUGGUAAGUCUUUAUAGUUAUUUCCUGAAAAAUCCUCUCCAGGCGAAGGUGAAAAAGUCAAGUUAGUCUUAAAGGUUCAGGAACUGAAACAAAAUUUUAAUCAGGCUAUAUCAUUUGAAAAGAAAGACGUGAAGCUGAUUCCAUAAUUUGAAACUAGGCACUCAGUUGUUCUACUAGGUGUUCCAAAAAGUACUCUGGUAUGCAACAUUACCAAAAUUUUAUAACAUUUCAGACAACAAAUUGUUUUCUAAUAAUACAUUAAUCUAUUAUCUUUUAUCAGGAGAUGUGCUGGAAUCCAUGAAGAUGUUGGUGAAAAUGAUUGGUUUUGCUCUGUCUGUGUUAAUAGUUCUGUCAUCUGACCAACUUGAGAGUUACAAAAUUUGUAAUUAUGUUCAUAUACCACGUUAUGGUCGUACCUGACCACCAAAGAGACAACUACUCCUAUUUCAGAAAUUUGAAAUUGAUAAGCAUACCAAGUAUUUACCCCAUUUGAAAUGAAUAGUAGCAUGUUGAAAUCCUUUACUGCUACUGUGGUUGUGGUAAAUGUUACCACCUCGGUAUGGUCGUACCCGACCACCACAGAGACAUCUACUCCAAGCAUACCAAGUCUUUACCCCCAUUUGAAAUGAAUAAUAGGAUGUUGAAAUCCUUUAUUGCUACUGUGGUUGUGGUAAAUGUUACCACCUCGGUAUGGUUGUACCCGACCACCACAUAGACAUGUUUUAUAGGCAUAGAAGGUAAAAACUAAAAAACCAAUAUGUGAAUAAAAGUAUAAAAUCCAAAAUAGAAAAAUGAGAAAAAAGGAGAUAAGGAGUAGUCACUACCACCUUGUCACAGCCUCAAACUCAGAAGGGGGGUGGUUGUGUGUGCCCUUGUAUGUUUUGAGCAAUUAGCUUGUAAGUGGGCAGAAAAUGAUAAAAAAGCAACUCAUCAGCCAGAAACCCAAGAGGGACAUUUCGGGGCUUUAAUUUGGUAUGUCCAUUUCUCGUAGGCGCCCCUCGCAAUCCUGCGUCCAGGAUCACGGUUGCAAAGGUCAGGAAAAACAAAUAAAAAAUAUAUAUAUUAUAAAGAUCAACAAAAAGUAGCAAUCAACACAGAGUGCUUACUAAAGUAGGACUGUAGAGUGUACGGAGGCAUUUUAAUUGAGUGGGUAAAGAGGAUAAACAUGGUACGGUGUGGCUCUGGGAAUAAAGGGCUGGGAGAAAUGGGAAGGGUUAAAAGUAUCACCUGUGCAUAACAGCAUAAAGUUAGAGUUGGAGGGGUUGAAUGUGGCUAUGGGAAGGGCGUGCCAAAUGGGUUGGGUAGAGGAAGAGAGAGGGUACCUAAUCUGGGAAUGGGUUUGUAUGUAUAGAAUGGAUGGAGGACAGGGCUGUUGAAAGUUUGGAACAAGGGGGGGGAGGGAUGCCUAAUCUGUUUCAGGGGCCCUAUUUGAGGCCCCAAUUAAUUACUGUAAACUUUGUAUUUCGACAUGUGCAUGUUUCCUUGUAUCAGACGCCACAAUAUCGUUGUCCAUAGAGAAUGUAGCGAGAUUAUUUGUGGAAAAAUGUUUGUUUUUGUUAUAGUAACAGUUAUAUCAACGAGCUAUAGUAACUACUCAAGGCAUACCAAGUCUUUACCCCCAUUUGAAAUGAAUAGUAGGAUGUUGAAAUCCUUUAUUGCUACUGUGGUUGUGGUAAAUGUUACCACCUCGGUAUGGUUGUACCCGACCACCACAGAGACAUCUACUCCAAGCAUACCAAGUCUUUACCCCCAUUUGAAAUGAAUAGUAGCAUGUUAAAAUCCUUUAUUGCUACUGUGGUUGUGGUAAAUGUUACCACCUCGGUAUGGUCCUACCCGACCACCACAGAGACAUCUACUCCAAGCAUACCAAGUCUUUACUCCCAUUUGAAAUGAAUAGUAGCAUGUUGAAAUCCUUUAUUGCUACUGUGGUUGUGGUAAAUGUUACCACCUCGGUAUGGUCGUACCCGAUCACCACAGAGACAUCUAGUCCUAUUUCAGAAAUUUGAAAUUGAUAAGUAAGAUUUAGAUUAAUGUAUUUUUUUGCUUAAUAACCUGUUUUAAAUGAGUUGUGUUGAGUCAUAUAAAAUAAAUUUUUGUGUAUUGGACAUUUGUAUAUGUUAGCAACGAUUCACCAUCAAGUCAUACUAGAUAGUUUGAUAAAAAAAAUCGAAAUUCACUUUACUGAAUCGAAACUCAGGCUACGAUAUAUUUGAUAAUUUCAAUUUGAAAGCUCUGUAAUGUGGUAAUCAGAAAAUAUCUUGCAGAGUUGCGCUAAAAAGAAAUUUUCUAUGUGGAAUCCAAGUAUCUGAUCACACCUAGAGAAGCCCCCUCCUUUUCUUGAAACUUGAGAAAAAUUGCAAUCAGGGUUGCCAUAUGGGAUAUUUCAAUCCCAGAUUUGAGAAAAUUUGGGAUUAUUUGAAAGCCUUUGGGAUUUAAAAUUUAAUUGGGGGUUUGGAAGUGAUUUUGGGAUACAUUCGGGAUUAUACAUAAAAUGAGUCAACAAGGAAGGAAAUCUGAAGGAAUG